AUGUACUCCACCACAUUUUUCUCUGGCUGCUACAUUUAUAAGAUAGAGACUCCACAAGGGGCCUCACCAGUCCUGAAGAGCUCGCCCCGCGGGCACUCACGAACCAGCAUAAAAGCCGGCCCUGCGACUCGCACCCUCACACAAUCUUCCCGACGCCUUCUCCCUCCAGGGACCCUCCACACCACAGACAUGUCCUGCUACGACAUCUGCCACCCCUGCGGACCCACCCCGCUGGCUAACAGCUGCAACGAGCCCUGUGUCAGGCAGUGCGAGGACUCCCGCGUCGUCAUCCAGCCUCCUGCCGUGCUGGUCACCCUGCCAGGACCCAUCCUCAGCUCCUUCCCCCAGAACACCGCCGUUGGAUCCUCCGCAUCAGCUGCCGUGGGCAGCAACCUCAGCGCCCAGGGAGUGCCCAUCUCCUCCGGGGGAUUCGGAGGCUUUGGCCUUGGAGGCUUUGGCUUCGGAGGUCUUGGCUGCAUCAACGGCGGAAGAGCCUGCUACCCCUGCUAA